AGCCACAGGUCAAAAUUAGGUUUGCAUUCCACUUCAUCGAACGCAAUGAUAUUAGUUUUAUGUACAUGGUAUGACUGUGUCAUGAAGUUAGGUUGCACUUACGAAUUUUGACAUUUGAUAAUGACCUGAAUUGUUUUGAUUGUUUUGAAUUGUGGUAGACAACAGUUUUAACAUGCAGCUAAUUAACCAAAGGGGAUUGUUGUUAAUCAAGUUUUUGUUUUCAAUAAUUCCAUUCAAAGGGACUUCUCCAUCUGUUGGAAUGCCUAAUUUUGGCACAGAAAGCCCAACAUCCACAGGAAGCAUGCCAAACUACCCCCCAAGUAAACUACCUCCUCCAUUUGGAAUGGGAGGAACACAGAUGUCGGGUUCAGGUGUGUCCAGCAGUAGCCUGCCUCCAGCUAGUGCAGGAGGCUCAAACCUUUCCACUUCUGGGUCUGGUGUUGGUGGGACUGCUGCUGCAGCAGCUGCUGCAGCUGUACUUGAGGCAGUCAGUUCUGGAUCAAGAUAUCCCAGCACAGCGCAAGGUCCAGGACCACCAUAUGGUAACCCUCAAGACAUGAUGAUGAGCAGUAAAGCUUCUGACAACAUGUCUGCUUCAAGGAUGUCUCCAAUGCAGUUAGGGUCUAUGCUGGGUCCAAAUGUACAAACAGGUCGUGUACCAUCCCCGACAUUGAAUGAAUUACCAACAGCAGAGGAUGUGGAGGCCAUGAUCGAGUCAAUGAGAGCAGGAGAAGCAUCGCUUUCGAAUGACAAUGAUGACCAACAGCAGCCACCCUCACAAGGUUCUGCUCCUCCGUCAGUGGCUUCCCUGCCUGCAACAGUGGCAUCAUCUCCUUCACAGCCACAGGGAACACCUGUAAAUGCUCAAAAUAGUAGCGCAGAUACUCGUGAACUCAACAGCUCAAAUCUAGACCUGCCCACCAUGGACAAAGAGGGCUCACCACCCUCACCACCUUCAUCACCUCUGUCCAACUUCUCUGGUUUAUCACCUGGAGUAUCUCCAUCUGGAGUGUCCAUUACAUCGUCAUUUGGUGACGCAGAAAUUGACCUGGAUGAAAUCAACCCUUCUCUUCCUAACAACCCCAUCUCUAUGUCUUCAUAUCAGUUUCCAUCAUCGAGGCAACAACAUCAGCAGCAGUAUGAGAAGUUCUCCAAGUUAUAUGAACUUUCUGAUGAACCAGAGCGGAAGGAAUUUCUUAAUAAAUAUCAAGCUUUCAUGGGUAGUCAAGGCACACAGAUCACCCAAGUUCCAGUUGUGAUGAGACAGCCGUUAGAUCUGUUUAAGUUUUUCACUGUAGUCAGGGAAAGAGGUGGCUUACAGGAGGUCGUCCGCAGAAAACUAUGGCAGGAUGUUUUGGAGGCUUUGAACCUACCCACAGAUCAACCAAGUGUUGUGAAUGUCCUUCGCAAUCAGUAUUCCAGAUAUCUGUUGUCAUAUGAGAUGAAAUUCAGCAAGAGUAAUUCUAUGGACGACAUGAAGAUCAAUCUUCUCGAAGGUUCAGGCAUUCCGCCUCCAAAUGCGACCGUGACUUGUUCAGAAGCGAUAAUACCCACAAGCAGUCUAACUCAGAGUCACAGACCGGCCGAGACUACCUCUAUUCAUGGCUCCUAUAGCUCCAUGACAAACGAAUCUUCCGCUAACCUGCCCCCGAGUUAUAACAUGAAAGACGGGUACCCGGAACCUAGUUUGGACACUGGUAAAAUGUUUCCAGAUCUUAGAGACAAUCAUGGGAAUUAUCAAGUGAAUCCCCCUGCCUCGUCCAGUCCAUUUGGAAUGCCUCAGUACCCAUACAGUGGGGAAAGAAGAAACAGUUUUCCUAAUCAUCCCCAGGGAGGACUCCCUUCGUACAUGAUGUCCCAGCGUAACAUGUAUCAGGGUCCAUCGUCGUUGUCACAGUUCUUUCAGCAGUCGAACACACAAGCAGGACAUCCAGGAGCUAACUAUCAACAUUCACAGUACCCGCAGCGUGCAAGCCCAUCAUUGAUGGGGCCUCUCUCGUCACCUCACUCCAUGAUGCCCAGUGCAAGUUCCCAAGAAAAGAUGCACCCAUUGUGGGGUUCUCAGUAUAGCCCGUCAACAGAGCCCGAGCACAUGGUGGACUAUCCCCCUGGGGCCCACAGUGGUAGAGUCGCACGUCCGUCCAGUGGCCCUCCUCCCCAGUUCUCGCCGGCACCACCGUAUGGCUCGUACCCAGGCCGCCAACAGAGCCAGUAUUCUCCUGCUACUCCGCCGUAUCGCCCCAGUCCUUCACCAUCUCCAUCGAGACAAUCAUUAGCGCAGGCACCACAUCAAGCAGCACAGAAAAUGAAGUAUCCGUCCCAAGCGCCUUCACAACCUUCACAGCAGCAGCAGCAGCAGCAACAACAGCAACUGCAACAGCAAGCUCAUGGCACAUCUGUCAAGAGAGACAUGCCAUUUCCAAACGACUGUAUUGAGACUACAAGACCCGUGUUUACUAAGAAGCGUAAGCUCACGUCUCGAGAUUUGGGCCCUGUGGAAGCAUGGCGAGUAAUGAUGUCACUGAAAUCUGGCUUGUUAUCAGAGGCGACCUGGGCUCUAGAUACCCUUAACAUUCUGCUGUAUGACGACAACACGGUCGCGUACUUCAUGUUAGCCCAACUGCCAGGUCUUCUUGAUAACCUUAUCGAUCACUUCCGCCGCUAUCUGAUUGACAUUUUUGACACGUUCGCCGAAAGCGAAAUCAGUGUCGGCGCGGUGUUCCUGAAGCAAAACGAGGUUACAGCGUCCCUCGAAAACAAAGAGAAAGAAGACGACGAGGAGGUUGAAAAGAUCAACAGAGAUGCGAGAAACAGUUUCAGUGCCUUCUUGGUUAGCACGACGUUUGAGUUUCUAAAGGACGGAUUUCAAAGUGGCUCGAGCGAUUGGCUAAUGGGCGGUGGAGACACUACUCGGCAUAUUCAGACGCAUCUUGGCUGGAUGCCGAGAGCAGAAAACUCCAACACGACAAGUUACGAGGGAAGAGAAAGUCAUGUCAAGGAAACUGACACUCUGGUGGAAAUUGGGAACUGCAAAGGCAAGCUGAAAAUUGAGAGUGAAAAAACACAGCUGUCUGGACUUAGCCAGGGGAAAUCGGCAGCUCAAUGCAAGGAUGUGCGUUGUUCAACCGAAAAGAAAUGUGGCACGAAUUGUACAAAACUUAAAAAUGACUCAUCUUGUCCUACUAUGUCGGGGAAAGGUGAGUCUAAAGAUGACAUUGCUGUUAAAAACGAACAGAAACCCGAGGAGAAAUUAAAAAGUCAAGAAAACGAUAAGUGCGACAAAGAAAGCGAAGAAGAACAGUUUACUUCGCGGUUAAAAAAGGAACUUGAUUUGGACCUGGACUCAGGCAGUAGAGAUUCUGACAUUGAAGACUCUGAUGCCUAUAUUCGGUCAGUUGUUACUAAAAUAAACGUGAAACAGGAACCAAUUAUCGAGGAGCAAGCGUGCGGGAAGGAAGACGCACCUUUGUGCUUAAGAACGGAGAGCCAAGAUGCCGUUUCGCGGCGUUGUCUUUGCGUGUCGAACAUUCUUCGAGGACUUUCCUUUGUCCCGGGAAACGACGCAGAGAUGUCACGGCACGCUGGCAUGCUCAUGAUUGUCGGUAGGUUGUUACUGCUCCAUCAUAAACACGCCAAGCGAGUCCCUUAUCGGCAUUCGUAUCUUCAGGAUGAAAUCGAAGUGGAGUGUCCGAGCGAUGACCGGCACGACUGGUGGUGGUAUUGCCUGGAAGGUCUGCGUGAGAACGCCUUGGUGAUAACAGCUAAUGUGGCAGGUCAGCUUGAUCUUGCCCUGUACCCUGAGGCUAUCAGUCUGCCUUUGUUGGACGGCUUGCUUCACUGGUUCGUGUGUCCGUCGGCGGCUGCUCAAGAUCCUCUGCCGACAGCUACUCCAGGGACCUCUCUGUCCCCGAGACAGCUGGUGUUAGAGGCUCUAGCAAAGAUGAGCAUCUUAGAGUCGAACGUCGACAUGAUUCUUAACACGCCACCGUUACCGCGAGUAGACGAGUUGUACACCAUGCUGGUUCGCCUAGUCGGGGAGAGAGGUAAUCCAGUAACUCGCGAACUUGCCCUCGUUCUUCUGUCCAACCUUGCACAAGGAGAGAAUUCCUUCGUUGGUUUCGGCGACAGCAAGGCUUGUAUUUCGAUGCUAUUAGAAUUUAUCGAGGACGCGGCCUCUAGCAUGAGUGCAUAUUCAUCGGGCAGCGGGCUGGCGCAGGCCGGCUUUCAUUCGGAGAGUUUCUGCGGAACAAGUGUGGACAUGUUACGCCGCGCUGCCUCCACGCUGGUGUGCUUGGCUCGUAUUCGUUCGAAUCGUGCGCUGUUCUUGCCUUUUCAAGAACGAAUCUUAAGGCUGGCAGUUCUUCGGAUCCUGGACAGUAUGAUCGCCAAUCAUCUGGCCGAGAUUCUUUUCUAUUUAUCCAGGUGAAACACUGCCGCAUGCACCCCCGUGCAUUUGAUCAGCGGCUCUACUCCUUUAUGUUACGUGACGGUGAAAGAAAUUCUAAGCAAUUAGAAAAAAAAAAUUGUUCUCCAAGAGCAGAUCCCUAAUUUUUUUUGUCUGUUUUGUAUAUGGAGUCGUGGCCAAGCCAUAAUAGGAGUUGAUUUGGUUUUUUGUGUCUAUAAUUAACUUUGUUGUCCGCCUGACUGGGCGAGAAUGCGCUCCUUACUUGAUAAUGUGGGUUUGUUGUUCCACUGGUUUCCUGUCGCCUAUCCGUUUCAUAUUGGCAAAUGAGCAUUCUCAUCCAAAUAAAACUGGGAUUAUUUACGUGUAGUGUUUAUGAUAUUCCCCUCAGGCAAAAUCUCUUUGAGGCGAACCUCGAGGACUUUAAACUAAAAGACUUUGGUUAUGAAUAGUUUCACUUCAAACAAUGUUCUCGUACUUUUCAUCGUAAGGCCAACUUUCAUCAUUAUCAUCGUGCAACAACAGGGUAAUCAGUGGCUCAGGAGUGCAAUACGGAUAGACAUCAGCUCUGACAAGUUAUUACCAGUUUACUAACCGUUGUAUAAUAUGUAAAGUUAAGUGCGUCCCCAAUAUAAGUAUUUCUGGAAAAAGAGCUUUUUGUAGAUUUGACAAAACAAAGCAUGGAAGCUUAAUUUUACAAUUUUUUGCUACUCUUGUAGAGAUAAUUAAACAGAGGCCUGGUAUUGUUUGAUAUGAAAAAUUACGUGUAAAAAAAGCGCCUCAUAACAUAAGUGUGUAAUAAAGUGUUAAGUUAGCUAGAAUAUAUGUUGAAAGGAGAUAUUAAAUAGCAGUUUUUCACAGC